GGCAAAGACAACAACUACUAUAACAAACCCUUCCCAACUCUCCCUCCACCAUAUUCUUCCCACUACCAUUAAUUUUCUUCUCUCCAUCUCACCACAAAGGAAACAAGAAAACCUACAAUUCUUCCUGAUACUUCUGGUUUGUGUUCUUAUAGUUUGUUUGAAGUACACAAUGAGGGAUAGAAUGGAAAAAUUUGUACUUCUUCCAUUUUCUGUGGGUUGCAUCUCUGAAUCAAGUGUUGCAAUUGGUCCCCCUCAUCAUAAGAUCAAAUCAAGCCCUGAAGUCCACUUAACUCCUACAAACCAACAAGAAAGAGAAGAGGAGGAGAAGGAGGAUGACAAAAUCUUGGAGGGUGAAAAUUUGAAGAGUCUUAUGGCACUUCCCAGGUUUCAGAGGCUUUUGAAGAAUUUCAAGAACUUAUCUCACUUAUUUGUGGAAAAGGAUGAAAUGGAGGAGGAGAUGGGGAUAGAAAUAGGGUCUCCAACGGAUGUGAAGCAUGUGACUCAUAUAGGAAUAGAUGGUGCAGCAACUUCAAUUCUUUCAAGGAGCUGGGAACAUCUCAAAACCCCGGAUUUCCUUACUCUCUCUUCGUUCCCUUUUUCUCACUCAACAAUAUCCAUGCCUCCUAUUAAUUGACAUUACUAUUCUUAUUCCUGUUUUUCCAUUGUCAAAAGGAACAAUUUUCAACAAGGUAAUUUUAAUUGUCUUUAGUGUCAUUUCAAAGUGAUUGUGUUUUGUAUCAUGAUGGCUUUUAUUUUGGCCUAUUUUGUUUGUGAGGUAAUGGAAAAACAUACAAAUGUAAUUUCUUUGGUUUUUA